GUAUGUGCCUACGGUGCGGAAUACGCCAAAAAUUCCAAAGAAGAAGAAGAAGAAGAAGAAGAAAAGCGGCAAAAUAAACGCGUGGUGUACUGUCUUAUGGAAGUUUGCUCGCUACUGAUUUUUGUUUUUGAAGGACAGAAAUGAGCGAAAGUCCUCUAACUUCAUCAGUGUCAAAGGGAUGUUUUGUUUUUAAGUCAGCCUCUAAAAAGAGAAAGCGACAUGUAGGAGUUGGUGGAUAUUUGGUGGAUGAUAGUGACGAUAACGGCAGCGAUCGCUUUAGGAUCUGUCAGAAAUUAUGGGGAACUGUUCAAAUGAACACGGAGGCAAUACAAGAUCAGUUGAAUAAAAAGGUACUUGACAGUCUUGCAGAGUUCAUUAAAAAGCAUGGCCUCGGCUGCUCAUCUGAUGUCUGGAGACAGAGAGCCAGUGAAAUCCCCACAGCUGCUCUGAUGCUGGGGGUAAAUGUGCCAGAUCAUGCCAUGACAUUUCGAAGUCUGUGUAAUCUCCUUCAGGAUUCUGUCACACCGUUUGUGGCGUCUGUUCAUGCCAAAGAAUGUGCAGCUGUGAAGCUCUUGAUUCAGAAGGUUCUAGAGCAGCUGAUGGGAAGAGGAGUGUCAGUGGAUGAAGAACAGGAAGAUGAUACAGCUUUGCUUCAAAGGACACAGUGUACUAUUAGUGCUCUAUGUCAGUGGUACAAGACUGUUACCAAGAAAUGCACCCAAGUUUCUCCACAAAGGAAAGAAAACUUGACAAAUAGUGACUUGCCUCAGAGUUUGCCUGUUGUCGUGAUCUUCAAAGACUUUGAGGCAUUCAACUCACAAGUUUUACAGGAUUUUAUCCUUAUUUGCAGUCGAUACACUCAGGAGCUUCCAUUCAUCUUUAUUUUUGGCAUUGCCACGUCUCCCAGUGCUAUUCAGCACAGGCUUCCCCACUCGGUGUCAUCAUUGCUCUGCAUUGAGGUCUUUCAUUCUCUCUCAUGUACUCAGCAUUUAGCCUCUGUUUUUGACAAGCUCAUUCUGAAAUCUCAGUUCCCAUUCAAGCUCAGCAGUAGGGUGAUACAGGUGCUGGUUAGCGUCUUCCUUUACCACGACUUCUCUGUUCAGAAUUUUGUUAAGGGCCUACAGUUCUCCAUGUUGGAGCACUUUAAUAGCCAGCCUCUCAGCGUGCUUUGCUGCCAAAAACAAGAGGCCUUGCUUUCUGCCAAGACUUUGAGCAAACAAAACGUUGAACGAAUCCGCCAUCUACCCUCGUUCAUGAGGUAUGUGGAGACUCAGGAGCCCCAGGAACAGGUGCAGCUCCUUACCAAUGAUGAACAUGUCAAGAUUUCCUCUGCAUCAGGUCAAGCCUGUCUUCUAGGUGGCAACCCUCUUAGACAGCGAGGUUAUUAUCCGAUUAUUAAAUUUGUGCAGAGUCUGCUUGAAAAAGAGUCCAGAAGAACAAAGAGAACGAAUCCAUUCGAAGUGCUUCGAAGUGAGGUGAUGGAGUUUAUUGACAGUCUUGUGAGAGAAUACUUGACUCCAGCAGAACUCCAGCCACUCAAUGAAGUGUGCUACUACAGUUCCUCUGGGGUCCUGAGACAGCGACUCAAUGCCACCCCACGAACAUCCAUUCAAGCUGCUCUCAGUCAUCCUUUCUACUAUUUGCAGAAUGAAAGCCUGAAAACGGAUACUGGCACAAUCUCCAGUGCUGCACCAGACCUCUGCAUUGUAUUCAAGCUUCAUCUUGAGUGUGGAAGACUCAUAAAUCUAUAUGACUGGCUUGAGGCAUAUGUAACUGUGAUGUCAGCUGCUGAGGACCAACAUACUGAUUCUGAGGAGUGUGGCAAAUUUGACAGCCUUAAGCAUGCUCGUUUCAUUCAGGCUGUUUCAGAGAUGGAAUUUCUUGGUUUUGUUAAAUCAACAAAACAGAAGACUGACCAUGUGGCAAGACUGACUUGGGGAGGUUGUUAAAGAAAUGCAAAGCAUUGUUUCCUGAGCAUAAGAGACUGGUCUGACUCUGACAUGCAUGGAAUAAUUAUGUAUUUUGCACCACAACUGUAUUUUGUACUGUUAGCUGUAUUAUACAUGUUACUAUUACCUUUUUUUUUUUUUUUUUUUUUUUU